UUCAUUAGUUCGGCGAAUUGUUCAGUAUGCUAAACACCAUGGCGACUGUGCGGACGCCUUUGUUAGUGCUAAAUUUGUGCAUGAUUUUGUACUUAUUUACAGGACACACAUAUGCUUAUAAGCAGGAGGUAAGCUAUUCAACUUCAUCCAAUGGGAAGGGAAACUUAGGUGAUGGAAAAACGUACCAUUAUCACUACGGAUCGCCUGGAUUUGGUCAGCAGGAUUCUUAUGGAAUUUCGAAUUCAAACUCUGGAUCCAGUGGUGUCGUAAGUGAAGGAUCCAGAGGCGCAAGUGGAUCAAAGCAAUCUAGAAAAGGAGUUGCCAAAUCGUACCACUAUCGCUACGGAUCACCUGAGUAUAGAUACUCUAACUCAAGAUCUAAUGGGGCUGCAAGACAACAAUCUAGAAAGGGAGGAUCGAGAUCAUAUCGCUAUGGAUACAAAUAUCCUGGAUACAGAUAUCGAUACAAUGGAUGGAACGGUAGUGGCAACAAACAUUAUAAUUACCGUUAUGGAUAUAGAGGACGUGGUGGUCGUAGGAAAACAGGAUCUGCUAGAAGAUCUGGAGGUGUCCGAUGGUCAGAAGGUGAAGGUAGUGCAAGAAGUGGUUCUGAAAAUGUUGGUGGCGCAAGAGGAUCUGGUAGUUCUUUAGAAGCUAGUGAGUCUGGAGGCUCUACUGGUUCAGAAGCUGCCAGUGGCUCAAAUCAAAACAAAGGAUCUAGAUCCGUAAAACAUGGAAUGAGUAACAAACAAAAACAUGAAGGUCAUUCGAAAAAAAAUCAUAAGCAUAAGGUACACGUUAAAAAAAUACACAAACACAAGUAUCGCGUUGGAAAAUACCACAAGCAUAAGUAUCGCAAACAUAAACAUCAUGACCAUAAAGUUCAUGUAACGAAACACCACAAAUACAAAAUAACAAAGCAUCAUAAAUCCACAAAACUGCAUAAACAUGAAGCACAAAAAGGAGAAGCAAAUGCAAGUGAGAAUACUAACCACCGAACGAGUUCUAACGAGCAUUCCGGACAUGAAUCGAGUCGUCACCACACUAGUAUUGGCAUAGAACAUCAUGGUCACAGAUCUGGAGAAUCUAGCUCUAAUCAUCAUAGUAGUAGUUCAGGUGGACAAUCUGGUAUCAGUAUAGGAGGUUUACAUUUGGGAGGUAGCAAUAACCAUCAUUCAGGUAGUAAAUCGGGGCAUAAAACGGGUGGAUCAAGUUCACAACAUCAAGAAAAUAGUUCAAAUCAACACAGCAGCCACUCCAGUACUCAUCAUAGUAGUAAUCACAAAUUUCGUAGCCAUUCGGGACACAAAUCAAGCGGACACCAUACACAUGUUGGUAUACGACACCAUGGCCACAGAUCUGGAGAAUCUAGCUCCAGUCAUCAUGAUGGCAGUUCGAAUGGAAAGUCUGGUAUCCAUUUAGGAGGUUUACAUCUGGAAGGGAGCAGUUCAAAUGGUCAUGGUAGCCACUCCGGACACUCUGGUUCUCACCACCACAGUCAUCAUAAAUCAGGUAGUCAUUCCGGCCACAAAUCGAGCAAACACCAUGGUCACAAAUCUGGAGAAUCUAGCUCUAGUCAUCAUGGUGGCAGUUCCAGUGAACAUUCUGGUAUCAAUAUAGGAGGUUUACAUCUGGGAGGAAGCACUUCAAAUGGUCAUGGUAGCCACUCCGGACACUCUGGUUCUCACCACAGCAGUCAUCAUAAAUCCAGUAGCCAUUCGGGACACCACCAUUCACAUGUUGGCAUAGGACACCAUGGCCACAGAUCUGGAGAAUCUAGCUCUAGUCAUCAUGGUGGCAGUUCCAGUGAACAUUCUGGUAUCAAUAUAGGAGGUUUAAAUUUGGGAGGUAGCAGUUCAAGUGGUCAUGGUAGCCACUCCGGACACUCUGGUUCUCACCACAACAGUCACCAUAAAUCAAGUAGCCAUUCAGGCCACAAAUCGAGCAAACACCAUGGUCACAAAUCUGGAGAAUCUAGCUCUAGUCAUCAUGGUGGCAGUUCCAGUGAACAUUCUGGUAUCAAUAUAGGAGGUUUACAUCUGGGAGGAAGCACUUCAAAUGGUCAUGGUAGCCACUCCGGACACUCUGGUACUCACCAAAGCAGUCACCAUAAAUCCAGUAGCCAUUCGGGACACAAAUCGAGCAAACACCAUUCACAUGUUGGCAUAGGACACCAUGGUCACAGAUCUGGAGAAUCUAGCUCUAGUCAACACGGUGGCAGUUCCAGUAAAAAUUCUGGUAUUAAUGUAGGAGGUUUACAUCUGGGAGGAAGUAGUUCAAGUGGUCAUGGAAGCCAUUCUGGACACUCUGGUUCGCAUCACAGCAGUCAUCAUAAAUCCAGUAGCCAUUCGGGACACAAAUCGAGCAAACACCAUUCACAUGUUGGCAUAGGACACCAUGGUCACAGAUCUGGAGAAUCUAGCUCUAGUCAACACGGUGGCAGUUCCAGUAAAAAUUCUGGUAUUAAUGUAGGAGGUUUACAUCUGGGAGGAAGCAGUUCAAAUGGUCAUGGUAGCCACUCCGGACACUCUGGUUCUCACCACAACAGUCACCAUAAAUCAAGUAGCCAUUCGGGACACAAAUCGAGCAAACACCAUUCACAUGUCGGCAUAGGACACCAUGGUCACAGAUCUGGAGAAUCUAGCUCCAGUCAUCAGGCUGGCAGUUCGAGUGGAGAGUCGGGUAUAAAUUUAGGAGGUUUACAUCUGGGGGGAAGCAGUUCAAGUGGUCAUGGUAGCCAAUCCGGACACUCUGGUACUCACCAAAGCAGUCACCAUAAAUCCAGUAGCCAUUCGGGACACAAAUCGAGCAAACACCAUGGUCACAGAUCUGGAGAAUCUAGCUCCAGUCAUCACGCUGGCAGUUCGAGUGGAGAGUCGGGUAUAAAUUUAGGUGGUUUACAUCUGGGGGGAAGCAGUUCAAGUGGUCAUGGAAGCCAUUCUGGACACUCUGGUUCUCAUCACAACAGUCACCAUAAAUCCAGUAGCCAUUCGGGACACAAAUCGAGCAAACACCACUCACAUGUUGGCAUAGGACACCAUGGUCACAGAUCUGGAGAAUCUAGCUCUAGUCAUCAAGGUAGCAGUUCGAUCGGACUUACAGGACAUUCUGGUAUCCAUCUAGGUGGAUCACAUCAAGGAAAUAGUGGAAAACAUCGUUCCAGUCACGAAUCUAAGCAUGAAUCCAGCGGACAGCAUUCGGGUAAACGACACCAUGGUCAUGCAUCGAGUGAAUCUAGUUCUAGCCAUCAUGAAAGUAAAUCUAGUCAUCAUUUUGGACAUUCGGGUGCUCACCAUAGUAGGCAUCAUAAAAGCAGUAGUCACUCGGGCCAUCAAUCAAGGGGACAUAAUUCACAUAUUGGACAACACGGGCAUAAAUCUGGACACUCUAGCCUACACCACAGUGGUUUACAUCAUUCCGGUAGUCAUUCGGGCCACGAAUCUAGUGAGCAUCACUUACACGCCGGCAAACAGCAGCAUAGACAUAAAUCAGGGGAGUCCCGUUCUCAUCACCAAGGAAGUAGUUCAACUAGUCAUUCGGUACAUACUAGCCAUAAUCGUCAUCAAGGCCACACAUCUCAUUCCACUUCUGUAAAAAUUUCCAAGAAAAAUUAUAGUUAUCAGGCAAAUAUUGUUGCCUUGAAAAUUAGUGGAACAGAAAACGAACUAAUUAUUGUCAAGGGGCAAGUGCCUAAAGCGAGAGUAGAAAUAUUAGAAUCAAGCACUAAACUUUGGGUGAGAAAUUAUUGGAUAGAUAAUCAUGGUAGUAAACGAUUCAUAUCAAAGCACUCAAUAUGCGAUACUUUUGGAAAAGACAAAUCCACAUCAAAAAAUAAUAAUUUGGACUCUAUAGUUUUAAGAAAAAUAUUGCUAACUGGUCAAGAAAAUUGUCAUCUGAAACCUGGUUCAUCUUUAAUUGCGCCAAUGUUAUUAAAAGUUGGUUUUGAUUUCAAAGAACUCAAUGUGCCAUGCGAAGACUGGACAUUUAUUCAAGAAAUUGGAAACGUGAAUGCCACUAGAACAUUUUUAUCAAUCUCUCUAAAAGUAAAUAUGGAUAAGAAAUCUAGAUGUAAUAAUCCAACAAACAAUCUUGAAAAGGGAGGUCUUGUUCCUGAAACCAAAGAGACUGUUAAAAAUGCAAUUCAAGGAACACAACAAAUAGUAGAGCAAACCAAAUCGGAAACAAAAAAAGCAUUAUCCAAAACAGGAGAGUUAACGUCAAAAUCAGUUUCUGCUGUGAACGAAGCAGUUAAAAAUUCGAUUACUGAAACCAAAUCUGCACUACACGAAUCGGAAAGCAUUAUAAAAGAUGCAACUUUAGAGACAGUAGCUAUGUUUAAACAUGUCAUUCAUAAUUCAUUGCAAAUCUUUGUGGUUUUAUGGGACGAUACUAAACUUUUUACAAGGCGUUUAGUUGAAGAUAUUUCUACAAAAACUCAAGUGGCUGAAAUUGAAGAAAAUGCUGCUUCAGCAACUUAUAAAAUUAAGAUUGCUUUGCUUGAUUGGCGAAAUAGGAUUUAUAAUUUGAUUUCAGAUUCCAUUUCUGGCUCGAAUAAAUUUGUAUACGAUUCAUACCUAGAAACUAAAAUUACUGUGAGUCAAUCGAUUCGCGAAACGGUUGAAAUGAUAGAAGAAAUCAGUGUGAGAACUAAGCGGGUCGUAUCGAGAAUAUUCCAUAAAGGAUCAGCUACAACCGAAGGUGCUGCCGCACAGGCAGUGAACGGAGUUGCAAGUGGAACAAACCAAUUGGUUAGUAAAACUUCUUCUAUAGUUUCAGAAAUUAAAACUGCUGCAGCCGAAUCUAUAGGCGUGUCUACAGAAAAUGCCGCCGAAACUGAAACAGCUGUUGGAAAAAUUAUAAGACUAUUUUUUUGGCCAAUAAAAGAGACGACUGAAGUAAUAAAACUGUCUUACCAUAAAACUAUUGAGUAUACAUCUGAUUAUUGGCAAGCAACUUUAAAAUUGAUGAAGGGAACUAUAAGUAUUGGAGAUAAGGCAUUGUAUACUAUUAACGAAGUAACAGUCGGAUGGACUAAAGUUUUUUGGCAUUCAGCAACUUUAAAUGUAAAAGUAUUAACCAAAGCUCUUGUUGAUACCAGAGAUGCGGUGGUCGAAAGUAUAUCAGAAAUGAAUCAUAUCAUCAAGGUGGCUACCGUUACUUCAAGUAGCAUAAUUACAGGAUCAAGUGUAGAUGCAUCUUUAGAGCUUGAAUUGAAUGGUGGAGUAGGAAGACACUUAUACUCGUCUAAAUCAACAAUAGGAAAGAUUUUUAGGCUUUUUGAGUAUGUUACAUCGCUUUCAGCGAAUAGUGUUCCACAUUCGCUGCGAAGAUAUAAAAAAGUCUUUACGAACAUGAAAUCAAAUAUAAAAUCAACUUACGAAACAUUAACAGCCGAAGCAGAAUUAGUAAUGAUACAUUUUAGAUCAAAUUAUAAGAGUACUGUAGAACAAUUUAAAUUUGAGACUACUACCAUUCUUGCUACUACUACAGAAAUGUGGAAAGAAUUUUAUGGGCGGUUGACGGGUCACAGAGUAACAGACGCUGAACAAUCGUUCAAGGAAACGAGAUAUUCUGUUCGUAAAUUAGUUGACGCAUCAGUUAAAAUCACGAGUUGGCCUGUUGAAGUAGUAGGAAAAAUUGUCAAUUAUGUCAACAAAGUAGUGUUUAAAACAACGGUUGCAACCACUAAAUCGGUGAACAAAGUUGGUUCUGAAGUAACUGGAGUAGUCAACGAGGCUACCAUCGAAACAACAUCUUCAACCAGCGCAGUUAUUGUAGCAUAUUAUAAAUUAAUGAAGCAUAUUACAGAGAGAAUAUACUUUGUAUUUUCUGACUCUUUGUCUCAAACCAGACAUGCUGUCGUACAAGUAAAUUCAGAGUUUUGGAAAAUUUUCACAGACAUGUAUGCUGAUAUCCGCAGUUUGUUCUCCGGGAAAAUUGAUGUAUCUGUUGAGGUAGAAAUCGACGGCAACGUGAACGUAUCCCAUAAAUUAAUAUCAAAAUCUAGAUUACUGAUAUUCUCUCGUUUAAUUAAACGCAGCGUGAAAAAUUCAUACAAAGUUACUGUUGAUUUGUUCAGACGAACGGGAGCAGUAACAAAAAAGAUUUUGGUGGAUACACGAGAUGCAGUUAAACAAUCGGUUUCUGAAACUAAACAUAUUGUGUCGCGAGGAUCAAAGCACAUAAAAAAUGCUGUAAAUGAUACGGUGUAUGGUGCAACAGAAAAAGGUGCCAAAUUAGCUGUAAAAACAGAACAUAAACUUGCAGAGGCUAGUGGUGUAAAUGUUCAAGCUUCAGCUUCUUUAAAAAUUGGAAGGAGAUCGAAUCAUGGUGGGUCGUCAUCGAGUAGUGGUGGAAGUGCAUCCGGAAGUGCAGGUUCAUCCAGCAACAGAAGCUCUGCGAAUGAAAAAUCUCAAAGUGGUUCUGCAGUGAAAGGUGCGAGCAGUGGAGGCGCGUCUGGAGGUGGUUCUGGAUCACCUGGUAGCAACGGUUCUGCAAGAGGCAAAGCACAAGGCAGUUCUAUUGUAAGAAGAUCUAGCAAUAGCAGUGGCGGCGGCGGCAGCAGCAGCGCUGCUUCAGGAAAAUCAGCAGGUUCCGCUAAAACGAGCUCUAGUCAGGGUGUCGGAGGCAAAAGUGGUUUGACGGCAGGAGCUUCCAGCGGCGGAGCAAGCUCAGGUGGAACAGUCGGUGGCUCAAGAGUUGGAGGGCAUUCACAUUCAUUGAUCGUUGGAUGAUUUAAAAAAAAAACACUCAGUCAUAAGUCAUAAAUAGGAUCUAAGAAAACGAAUUGAUAAAUAACUGCAUGGCAUUGGGAUGGUGAAACCUAUAAAACGUGGUGCAUGGGAAUCGAGAAAACCUGUGAUUAUCAUUUAUACGUCGACCAAUGGAAAGACACGAGACAGCCAUGCUUUCCUCCUUCUCUCUCCCUCUUCUUCGAUCUCGCUGCAAACUGACAAUCACGAUUCUCGAGAUCGUCGUGUAUUGCUAGCAAUGGUCGAGCCUCAAGAUAUAUCACACACAUACCAAGGCAAUGUAUAUGCACUCGCAAUGAUACUUCUGGCCAAGAUGUUGCAAACCACGAUUGUAAUAUUAAAUAAACCAUGAAGUUCAUAAU